CAUCUUGAAUUCCGUUCACUCAGGCUCGCGACUCGCGCCCGCCGCACGUUCUAGCAACGACCGCUCAAACUUUACUAAUUUUAGUGUAUAAAAGUGUUCAUAAGUGUCAUGUGAUAGUGUAGUGUUUGAAAUGGAGUCCACUCCGAUCUGCCGGUGCCGUGUUUUGUACCUUGGCUCAGCGGUGCCGCAGCAGAGCAAGGACGGCUUGCAAGGCAUCCAGGAACCUUUACGCGAAUUGUAUCCGGAAAAGGGAGCGACAACCGGCGGCAUAGACUCGUGGCUUUCAGUGUGGUCAAAUGGAAUUUUGCUAGAGAAUGUCGAUGAGAGCGGCUCGAGAGUGUCGCGAUUUUUUCCCAUAUCGAGCCUUCAUUAUUGCGCAGCCGUGAGACGUGUCAGUGUUGAGGGUGCGCCGAGAUUUUUACCUUUAGACUCUCCGUUCGCUAGAGCGCCAGCGGCAAGGCGACCUCCUUUAUUUGCAGCUGUUUUGCGCCGCACUCAAGGAAUCAAAGUUCUCGAAUGUCACGCCUUUAUCUGCAGGCGUGAGGCGGCAGCCAAUGCUCUAGUACGUUGUUGUUUUCACGCGUAUGCGGAUAGUUCAUAUGCUAAGCGCUUAGAAGCAGAGCGAUCACCUUCACAACUCCCAGAGCCAGAUGAAGAGGUUGAGGUUUAUGACGGGGAUGAAAAUCAUAAAGUUUGGAUCGGAGAAAUUGAGAGAGAUGAUGCGAGCGAUGAGAUUCCGCAUCCCGCUCGUGCACCUCGACCUCGGCAGAUAACCCGGCCUGCCUCUGUGCCACCUCCGCCCCCGCCGCCUGAAGAGCCUAAGAAAAAGGGUACGACAAAAAAAUCUAAAAAGAAAUCAUCUGCAUCGGCAGAUGAAUUAUACGCGACUAUGCCAGGUCCGGCGCCCAUGAUGAAUGGUAGAUCUUUAGGUCGAGCCCCUCCAGCUUGGGCAGCGGCUCAUCCUAUGGUGUUGGUUGCGCAUCCUGCUGCAACUUUACCACAUGCGCGGCCAUCUACUCUUGGUCACAGAGGUCGUGUCCCGGCUGCUUUAGCUCCAGGUCCCUACGGCCCAGUUCCGCCUCCGGGAAGAGGCAGAAUUCAAUACGCGACCGUCGACCCAAGACGCUCCAAACCGCAGCCGCCUGCUCUCAAAGCUGCUCAAAGUAUGACGACUUUGGAAGCUGUUGAAGACGCCAGCGGAAUAUACAGAAAAAAGGGUCAUAUGAACGAGCGUGCUUUUUCUUACAGUAUAAGACAAGAGCACAGAAGUCGAUCGCAUGGAUCUCUAGCAAACCUUAAAUUCGCUGCUCCACCAGAGGUGGAGACAGGUCGUGAAGAGUUGAAAAAGGAGCGAGAGAUCAUGCAGCUGGUGGCUGGGCUACAAUUAAACUCAGACGAGAUCGAAAGACGCGAAAUACCACCACAUAUGAUGAGAGGGCGACAUGCGCCAAGAUAACAUCGUGCCAACGCCGGCAGUGCCAUCUCAACAAAUAGUUUUGUCCCGACGAACAGGCGAAACAUUGUUCGACAGUACAUAAACAUACAUACGAUAUUAAAUAUUGUAACUAACAAGUUAUUGGAAAAUGUAAGUCAUACGAGGUUAAUGGAUAAAGAGUUUAGUCUUGCACGAGUCAAUACUGUAUCUAAAUAAUUUAAUACAACAUUUCGAUGUUUUUUGUACAGCUGCGUUCGUUUAUAUUGAUUUUUAUACAUGUAAAUGUUGAAAAAAGCGCAUAUUACUUAUGUACCUUUGUUGAAAGUCCGGUAAAAAAUAUGUGUACACGCUGUUUGGAUUAAUACAAUGAUACACAGCAAAAAGGUUGUAUUCAAAAAACGCUAUAUAAUUUCUUUAAUAGGAUAAAUGGUAAUUUCAUUUAUUAUACAAUAUCAUAAAAUACAAGUUAGGAAAACUUUGUUACAUAAUAUUGUUUAACUUCAGUAAACGAGUGUAAGUCUGGCAAAUUAAAUAUUGCCAAGAUCUGAAAUAAAUUUCUGGAAACCAUUGUAGAAUUACAUAUGAAGUAACAUAAUUAAAUUUUUCCCCUGUCAUGGUGCUAUACCUGUUCCUGUGACCUGGAUCUGAUUUAUAUAAAAUUAAAAAAUGCCUAAAAACAUAUUAUUGAAGUGGCAAUGUCAAAAUUCUUUUAAAUAAUAGAAAAAAGAUGCGACAAAAAUUUAAGUUUAAUUUAAAAUUUAAAAUCGGUAGAAAAAUCUUAUUCUUAUGUUGGUAUUUAGAAAGUGCCAAACGGUACUUCGCAUUGCGAGAGACCCUUUGUGUUAUGGUUAUGACUCAUAAACCUAUGUAUUGAUUGCUUUGUAAACACCUUUGUUCACAUAGAAAUCUACAAUUUGCAAAAUAAUGGGAUUUAAAAAAAAUAUUCAUAAUGUGAUCAAAAACUAUGCGAUAUUCAUUUAUUAGCUAAAGCUUGAACAUCAUUAUAUUACAAUCAAGUUACAACGGCAAACAUUUUGUGGAAAAGUGGAUCUUCCGUAAUAUUUAAGUGAAUUAAAACCUCCUUUUUUCAAAAAAACAAUCCAACUAAUACCACUCUACCUUAAUUUAACUUCUUAUGAAUACAGUUGUUAAUUCUUCAACGUAUAACGUUGUGUUUACUUCACAGAAAUGUUGCCACUUACCAUUCACUUGUUUUUACCUAAUACUCCUAAGACAUGACUGAUCUUGGAGCUCAGUAAAAAACUAAACAACCAAAGAUGUUAUAUCGAACUGCAUCUAGAUAUCACUUAUUAAUAAAACAUUAAAAUCACCCGCCUUCGUUUCUAGUAACUUGUCUUAGAAAAAAGAGGAACAGAACAUCUUUCUAAAUGAUUUAGGACCGUAGACAAAAAAACUUACGUACGCAAAUGGCGUACCAACGAUCAAUCGGAUUCUUAUUUGUAUUUUUUUUUACCAAGCUUGAAAUAAUAUAUCUCCUUACAGUGUUAAUACGAUAGGGUCAAGCUUGUUGCAAACUACUUUCGGUCUAAGGACAUGAAAAGGGAUGUGAGAAUGUUAAACGAUGUACAAUCGCGUCUUCUUAGUGGUGUUUGUGAUUGGAAUUCAGAUGUUUCGAUGAGUUAAAUUCUCGCGACUGGAACGACAGACUUAAUUUAAAAAAAUACCGGGACUUUUGUACUAGAGAAAUUCCAAUUUAGGCAUUGUGAAUAAACAUAAUACUUUUAACUAUAUUCGAUUAUAUCUUAGUAUUACGAAUAACAUAAGUUGUACCUAAUAUUUACUACAUUGUAACCUCAUUUAAAUAGAAUUCAAAACUGUACAUAAGCAUUGUACAAAUAAUAAGAAUGUAUGUAACAAAUAAUAUUUAUAUUUGCAUUUGUUAUAUCAGUUACGACACGUUAAUAAUAAAAAUAAUUGUAAGUAUGAAUUCUGGUGGCAUGUAAAUAAUGCAUGUAGGCUAUGAGUGCCAUUAAUGUAAUUGAUUUUCUUUCAUACAUCGAAUAUUACCUGUAUUAAGAAUAAGGUGAAGUGUGUACAGAAAUUAAGAGUAUGUAAGUCUUGUUUAUUUUAGAUAAUGAUGUAUUGAAUAUAUGCUUAAUUUCAAAUUGAAUUAUAGGCUAUUAUAAUAA